UGGUGCGUACAUGGAAGAAGAGGAUGUAGAGGAAGCAUUGAAGUUAAAGGAAGAGAUUGAAACAACUAUGGAAGAAAUCAAAGAAUCUGAGUUGUACAUCAACCUCCGAAAUCAAUUAGUUAAUGAUCCAGAAGUGAGAGAUAAUGUCAUACGAGUACUAGGCUCUCAUGAGUCCAUCCAAAUGGUUAUUUAUGGAAUUGGAAGCGCUGAGUGUAGUUUUGAUUCACAAUACCAGCUUGCCUUAGCACUACUUCUAAGAGAGGACUCAUGUCUUCCGAUCGGAGACAUCGAAAUCUAUGACCCUGUCUUGUCUCAAGCUGACAUCAAGGCUUACUCAGACUUGAGAUGUAAAGUUCUCUUGAUCAAUGAGCAAUGCAGAAGAAGAGUGGAGAAGCCUACUCUAUUUUUCAUACCAGGAUUGAUGGUGUGGCUCGUCGGGAACUUGCUCGAGGUGACUUUUGACCCAAAACAAUUGAAUCAGAUGAUUCUGAUUGACACCAUUGGUAGAGGUAGAUUGGAAACUUUGGAUCAAUUGGUUACAGAAGGACCUAGUGGUCUAGCUGUUAAAGUACUCGAACAUGAAGAGAGAGAGAGAUUUCGAUGGGUAAUUCGGAACUACGUGAAUAAGGAGAUUAGCUUUGAUUACUACGAUAAGUGCUAUUUUCUCUCCGAGUUAAAACUCAGUUUCUUCAAUGUCGGUCCUAAUGUUGACAUGAAGUCCUUCUUGCCUAGUGUUUCUAUGAAGCAACGGUUUAAAUCUGACUAUUUCGUCGCUAAAGAACACCGCAACACCCUAAUCUUUGACCGUCUUGCUUAUUAUCACAUGUAUGCUGAGGUGAGAUACAUGGAACCCUUUACGGAGGACUUCUAUGAUCCUUAUCUUGAUCGAAGUUGCUUGCCUUCGAGUCCUGAUGAAAAAUGGUCAUAUAUCUAUGGUCAUAUUCGUGGUCCAGCUAGAUAUCGACGCAUCGGUUUCGAGCCACAAAAGGGCUGGGUCAAGCUCAACUUCAGUGGUUUUAGCCAUGGAAAAGAAGUACCAGCUGGUUUUGGUGGUGUAGUUCAUGACGAGCAUGAUAAUCUGGUAGUGUCCUACGCCGGGCCUCUCAGAGAUGUUGAUUUCACAAUGGCCAGUGUAGAGGCAUUGAGGCGUGGCUUGAGAUGUCUUAUAGACUUGAACUUCUCUCCUCUUCCUAAAUUGAUAAUUGAAGGAGAUGCCCUUAGCAUCAUAAGAUGGGUUAAUCGCAGGUUCCCACCUCCAGAGAGAGCAACCAAAGCAUUUGAAGAGAUCUAUGUUCUGAUAUCUGAUGUAGAAUGUGUGAUCAGUUAUGUGCAUGAAGAAGCCAAUCACAAGGCGGUCGAAUUAGCUAAGAAGGGAGCAAAGCUUCACAAGUUUCAAAUCUGGGAGCAUCAGAGAAAAGUAAUCUAGAUGGCUAGGGAGUGAAGUUUAGACCUUUCUCUGUGUCACUUUCUGAUCACAGAAUGAUAUUUUAUGCUGCACUGGAUUUUUGUUUUUGAAAGCAAGCCAACAUGAAUAAUUUGGAAACUUUUUUUCUUCAAUGUUGUAACACUCAAAACCAGAAGUAACCAGCUUUUUGAAGAUUCAGAAAUGCUGUAUAUUGGAGUACCCUUUUUUAUGUGGUUUUCUUUUGUUGAAAUGAAGCAGACAGCACCAACAAUAGGCUUCAGAAGCCUUCCAUGGGGAAAC